CACACACUCUCUAUCUAAGUUUCUUUUGACUUAAGACCGAAUGAAUAACCCCAGACCCCAAACACACAAACAUAAACCCAAAAAAAAAUCUCUCUCACAAGAGAAAAAAAAACAACUAAACCAAACACUUGUCUCUGCUAACGUGCGCAUCCUCGCCGUUCUUGCUAAUGGGCACCCUCCGUCGUCGCCGCCGUCGCUUUCUCUUAUCUGCUAUCGCUGCAUUUGCUCUCCUCCACCUCUUCUCCGCCUCCGCAGCCUCCGCCGGUGGAUGGCUUGGUCAAAGAACCGGAUCGGAUUUACCGGAUCGGUUAAUGUCGAAUAGGCGGUUUGGCGGACCGGGUUCAUCACCACCGACGUGUAGAUCGAAGUGUGGGAAAUGUCAGCCGUGUAAACCGGUUCACGUACCGAUUCAACCCGGUUUGAGUAUUCCAUUGGAGUAUUACCCUGAAGCUUGGCGGUGCAAGUGUGGCAACAAGCUCUUCAUGCCCUAAGCUUAGAUUAAUUAGUUAAUUAAAAAAGGUGUUUUAAAUUCUUUUUGUUUUGUUUUUCUCAUUUGUUUCGUCUUUUUCGAUGAUUAAAU